AUGCCCAAACGCAAGGCCGAUGUCGACGUGCCGGGAGAUGAGAGUCCUCGCACAUCUAAACAGAGACAGACAGUAUCCUUUUCAGAAUCCAAACCCGAUACUACUGAAACUUUUAGCAGCGGCCAGCGACUUGGUGAAAACACUGGAUUUUUCCAAUUAUCCCAGGUUGCCGGAGCCGAUGAUGAGGAUGAGCGGGCUGCGGAGCUUGUUGAGAGUACCCAGGCUGUCAAUGAAUCAUCAUCAGCAACCAGUAUCCUCUAUGGUACUCUACCCUCAAAAAUCGUGGGGGUUCAGUACUACAGGGGGCUUGCAGUCAAAGGAGAGCGUGUACUUCCAAAGAGAGAGCCCGAGAAUCAGUAUGAUCGAAAUGCAAUCAAGGUCUUCAACGUGAUGGGUGUAGGAAUUGGCCACAUCCCACGGCAGGUAGCUGCGAAGCUUGCAAAAUACUUGGAUAAUGGGGAUCUUCUUGUGGAGGCUGUGUUGACAGACAGGAUCAAGGUGUAUGAUUGCCCAGUCAUGUUGAAAUUAUAUGGUUCUUGUGAUCUCAUAAAGCGGCAAGCCAUCAAAAAGCAAAUGCAAGCGGAUAGGCUUCCUGUCCGUGACCUCACUGAAUACGAACUCUCGGAGGCUAGAGCGGCAAAAGAGCAAGAACAGGCUCUUAAAAAGGCCGCGAAACAGGCUCGUGCAAUGGCUCUGGGCAAGGCUAAGGAACAAUGGCAACAAAACGAUGAUUCUCAGUUCUCCAACCUGUCAAUCCCAGGGAUUGGUGAUAACAAUGAAAGCAUGGAGGAGCUUCUACAGCAGAGCAGCCAUUUCAACCCCAGAGAGAUUGGUCAGGUAGUGGAGACCUUUGGGCAGACAGAAUCGGAUCUGCAGAAAAUGCCAAUGGCUGAUACUCCCGUGGGUCUCUCUACCGAAUUACUGCCAUAUCAGAAACAGGGUCUAGCAUGGAUGAUUCGCCAGGAAUCACCUAAGCUUCCCGAAAAAGGCUCCGAUGCUGUCAUUCAACUAUGGAAGCGCGAUGGAUCAACCAACUUCACCAAUGUGGCGACCAACUUCACUAUCAACACUGCGCCACCACUUGCUAGUGGCGGCAUCCUUGCUGAUGAUAUGGGGCUGGGCAAGACAAUUCAAAUAAUAUCGUUAAUUUUAGCCAACCCGACUCCCUCAAGCACAAAAUCAGAUUCAAGUAAAACUACUCUCAUCAUUGCACCGGUCGGUGUGAUGAGCAACUGGAGAAAUCAGAUACAGGAUCAUACUAGAAAAGAAACUGCUCCGCAUAUUUUGAUUUAUCACGGCUCUGCCAAAAAGGAGUCGAAGAAUCUAGCAAAUUACGAUGUGGUGAUUACCAGCUACGGGGCUCUUGCCAAGGCAUACAAGGAAUACAAACCGGAGAAAAAGCCGACUGGCGAUCUCUUCUCCAUUCACUGGCGCCGGGUGGUGCUUGAUGAAGGUCACGUCAUUCGUAACCCUCGCGCUCAAGCCUCUCUUGCUGCCAGUAGCCUACAGGCCGAAUCUCGCUGGACAUUGACUGGAACCCCCAUUAUCAAUACCCUCCUAGACCUUUACUCCCAGGUCCGAUUCUUGAAGUUAAGCGGCGGAUUGGAGGACAAGGGUGUAUUCAACAGCGUCUUGAUUCGGCCUUUGAUGGCUGGCGAUCCUGAAGCUCGCUUGCUUCUUGAGGCCCUGAUGGGGACCAUAUGCCUUCGGCGCAGAAAGGAUAUGAACUUCAUCAACUUGCGUCUACCACCAAUGACUUCCCGGGUCCUUCACAUCAAGUUCCAUCCACAUGAACUGGAAAAAUACAGUGCAUUUCAGCUUGAGGCAAAAGGUGCUCUUCUGGAUUACAAGGACAAGCAGGGCGCGGGCUAUUCACAUCUGUUGGAGGUUCUUCUGCGUAUGCGCCAAGUUUGCAAUCACUGGGCUCUUUGUAGAAAUCGAGUUACUAAAAUCCUGGAAAUGCUGGAUAAGCAAAAGGUAGUUCCGCUCACACCAGAGAACAUGAAGGGGCUUCAGGAAAUGCUGCAAAUUCAGAUCGAGAGCCAGGAAAUGUGUGCCAUUUGCCUCGACACUCUUGACCAGCCUGUCAUAACUGCAUGUGCUCAUGCGUACUGUCGGGGCUGUAUUGAGCAAGUGAUUGAGCGGCAAGCUAAGUGUCCGCUCUGCCGCGCAGAUCUAAAAGACACAUCCUCUUUAGUUUCUCCCGCUGUUGAGGGCGGCGAAGACGACUCGGUUGCCGUUGAUCCCGAUCACCCUAGCAGCAAGAUUGAGGCACUCGUAAAGAUCCUCACUGCACAAGGUCAAGAACCUGGCACUAAGACCGUGGUAUUCAGUCAAUGGACUUCAUUCCUGGAUCUUGUGCGGCCCCAUCUUGAAAUACACGGAAUAAAGUUUGUUUGCAUCGAUGGGCGCAUGCCAUCUGGUGCGCGUGAUAACUCUAUCAACGCAUUUAGCAACGACCCUGAGUGUACAGUCCUUCUUGCUAGUCUCAGUGUCUGCAGUGUUGGUCUCAACUUGGUAGCCGCCAAUCAAGCUAUUCUCUGUGACAGCUGGUGGGCCCCUGCCAUUGAAGAUCAGGCUGUUGACCGAGUUUACCGACUUGGCCAGAAGCGAUCAACUACUGUGUGGCGACUGAUUGUGGAGGGCAGCAUCGAGCAGCGAGUGCUUGAAAUCCAAGAGCGAAAGCGACAACUUAUGUUGUCUGCUUUCCGCGAGACAGGCAAGAAAAGAUAUGAAGAUCGGGCAACUCGUAUCGCCGAUCUGGCGACUCUUCUGGGUUGA